UGAAUGCAAUGUCAUGCAUGUUCUUCUGUUGGGAGAAGAAGAAUAGCUGAGAGUCAGACCUGUUUGGUGGCUUUAGCAGCUAUAAGAGCACCUGCAUGACAGUAAACCCUGUCAGACAGGAGGGAGGGACAACUGGUCUGGAUCACACUUUUCACCUACUUAAUCAUGGCCCGCUGGUCCCUGUAUGUGUUUCUGCUGCUGUUCUCCUGUGAUCUGGCCUUGUCGAAGAAAAAGAAAUCAGUCCAGACUCUCUCAAGAGGCUGGGGUGAUGACAUUUCCUGGGUGCAGACAUAUGAGGAGGGGCUGAAAAAAAUGACGGAGAGUAACAAGCCACUGAUGGUCAUUCAUCACUUAGAUGACUGCCCAUAUAGUCAAGCUCUCAAAAAGGCUUUUGCAGAGCACAAAUCCAUCCAAAAAAUGGCCAAAGAAGAUUUCAUCAUGCUCAAUUUAGUGCACGAAACGACGGAUCCCAAUAUGGCUCCUGACGGCUAUUACGUUCCCAGAAUUCUUUUUGUUGAUCCCACGCUGACCGUGCGCACCGACAUCACUGGCAAGUACACCAACCGCAAGUACACCUAUGAACCUGAAGACUUGGAUUUCUUGGAGGAGAACAUGUUAAAAGCCAUGAAGUUGCAUCACACGGAGCUGUAAAGAGAUCAGAGCUGAUCACACAGGAGAAUGGCCGAUGGAUGAAAAGAUCUGAAAUGGAAACUGUUUGUUGUACUAACAGACUUUUCAAGUAUCGCACAGGGAAUGAGCCAAACAAUUUGAGUAUACACUGAAUUGUGAUUAAAUGUGUUCAUGUUUUUCGGCUCUCAUUUGUAUGCUAGUGUUGAUCUGAUUGAUAUGAGUUACUGAAACACUGGUAAGCUGACAAAUAAAAAUUACUGAACACAGUUAUAAA